AUGUGCCGCAUAGUGAUAACAGGAGCAACAGGCGACAUUAGCGGCGACGUCCUGGGUGCCCUUACACAGGCAUUUCGCUCGUGCAAGAUCACGGCCCUCGUGCGCAGCAAGAAGAAGGCAUCCCUUAUCACGGGCAGAUUUCCAUCGGUGACCCCGGUCAUUAGAAACGUUGAUUCCGCGGCGGAAAUUGCGAGUGAGGCUUCGGAGGCUUCGGAGGCUGAUGUUGGACUUUAUCUAGCGAGCUCGAACCAUCUCCCCAGUGCUACUGCCAUUGCGCAGGGCUUGACAGAGACGAAGCGCCAAAGUCUAGUUCGGAUCCAAAUCUCGGGCGCAAACCUCCUCUCUGGCGCGGAAGUCGCAACAAGUUCCGAUGGCCAAGCACGGGCCCCAAAUCACAACGACCUGCAGGGCAUCAGCGGAAUCCGAAUCAUCAUCUCUUCAUCACCCAAGCGCGCCGUCGACCAGAUGCUCCUAAAUUCCUCCUCGGAACAGCCUAAUCUCCGAACAGCGAUUCUUUAUGGGCCAUUGAUCUAUGGCCUGGGCCGCGGUCCAGUCAAUCAGCGCAGCAUCCAGCUACCUGAGCUGGCGAAGGCGACCUCUCAGCUCGGCCAUGGAGUUCAGGUUGGGAAGGGUCUGAGCUGUUGGAGUAAUAUUCACAUUGCGGAUUUGUCAACCUUGAUUAUGAGGUUGGCUCCGGAAACGGAGGUCCGUCAAGGCGGGAAUCCUUUGUUGUGGAGGGAGAACGGCAUUUACUUUGCGGAAAACGGAAAGAUGCCGUUCGGGGAGAGUUCAAGGCGGGUAGCCGCAUUUGCUUUUCAAAACGGCUUCACGAAGAGCACAUAUGUUUAG